UAAAAUUACCAGCAUGAAACAAACCCAACUUCACUAUAAUACUUUCACAGUACCUCCUUCUAAGGGAGGUGGAGGACUGCAGCAGCAGUAAUAUGGGCUAUUGUAUAUCAGGACAAUACAUUCAUCUUCAAGAGACUCAGAGAAGAAACACCAAAGAGCUAAUUGAUCAUUAAUUAUACCUGACAAGGAUAUGGAGCCAACAACAGAUUAUAACUAUUCUGCCUACUACGAUGAUGGAGAAGGGUUAAAUACAUCAGAGGGCCAGCCAUGCAACACUGCCAAUGUGAAGGAGUUUGGACGGGUGUUUCUGCCUACAUUCUACAGCCUGGUCUUCAUCGUGGGCGUCAUCGGUAACGGCCUGGUGGUCUAUGUCCUGGUGAAGUGUAGGAGGACCAGAAGCAUGACAGACCUCUGUCUCCUCAAUCUGGCACUGUCUGACCUUUUCUUCGUCAUCUCUCUGCCUUUCUGGUCCCACUAUGCCACCGCAGCCGAGUGGCUCCUGGGGGACUUUAUGUGCCGACUGGUAACCGGACUGUACACGCUGGGGUUUUAUGGCAGCAUCUUCUCCAUGGUGAUCUUGACAGUGGAUCGCUAUGUGGUCAUAGUCCACUCUCACAAAAUGGCCAGGCUCAGAUCUGUCAGAGUAGGGGUCACUCUGUCUCUGAUCAUGUGGGCUCUCAGUCUCUGUAGCUCUCUGCCUACAAUCAUCUUCACCAAAGUAAAUAAUGAGUCUGGGCUUACAACAUGUAAACCAGAGUAUCCAGACGGUAACAUGUGGCGCCAGGUUUCUUAUUUAGAGAUGAAUGUCUUGGGUCUACUUCUCCCUCUCUCCGUCAUGGUGAUCUGCUAUUGCAGAAUCGUUCCGAUGUUAGUCAAUAUCAAAACCACCAAAAAGCACAAAGCCAUCAAACUGAUAAUCAUCAUAGUAGUGGUCUUUUUCUGCUUUUGGACCCCAUACAAUGUGGUCAUUCUCCUGCGUUAUCUGGAGACCCAGAGCUAUUUUGGGGACUGUACAACUCACAAGAACAUAGACCUGGCAAUGCAGUGGACAGAGGUGAUAGCGUUCACACACUGUUGUUUGAAUCCGAUCAUCUAUGCCUUUGUAGGGCAGAAAUUCAUGAGUCUUGUCCUGAAGUUACUAAGAAAAUGGAUGCCAAUGUGCUUCGCCAGGCCUAAUAUUAGUGAGUUGUCUGAACGAAAAAGCUCAGUCUAUUCCAGGUCUUCUGAAAUAACAUCUACAAGAUUGAUGUAGAUUGACUUGUAUACAAGCACAAUUCAAAUAUACAAACUUUGAGAAGGGAAAAGACAGUAAAAGAUGUAAGGAAAAACUACAAACAAAUGUAAGGAGGAUUUCUUUGAAAGUGUGGCCACCCUAGCUGUGAAUCUAUGCUUACAGUAGAUACAGUAGUUAUCAGUUGCUCUUUUGUAUCUUUACAUGCUCCAAUUCCUUUGUUGAUAGAUACCUUUAAAGAGUGUUAUAGUUGAGUCCUCGUGUGGUAUUGUGUGAAGUGUGAAAAAAGUUUUUAAAAAUGACAGUAUGUACAGUGCAUUCAGAAAGUAUUCAGACCCCUUUCCCUUCCUUAUUUACAUAAGUAGUCAGACCUUUUGCUCGAAAUUGAGCUCAGGUGCAUCCUGUUUCCGUUGAUCAUCCUUGAGAUGUUUCUACAUCUUGGUUGGAGUCCCCCUGUGGUAAAUUCAAUUGAUACGACAUGAUUUGGAAAGGCACACGCCUGUCUAUAUAAGGUCCCACAGUUGACAGUGCAUGUCAGAGCAAAAACCAAGCCAUGAGGUCGGACAGGAUUGUGCCAAGGUACAGAUCUGGGGAAGGGUACCAAAACAGUUCUGCAACAUUGAAGGUUCCCCAAGAAAACAGUGGCUCCAUCAUUCUUAAAUAGAAGAACUUUGGAACCACCAAGACUCUUCCUAGAGCUGGCCGCCUGGCCAAACUGAGCAAUCGAGGGAGAAGGGCCUUGGUCAGAGAGGUGACCAAUAAUCCGAUUGUCACUCUGACAGAGCUCCAGAGUUCCUAUGUGGAGAUGGAAGAACCUUCCAGAAGGACAACCAUCUCUACAGCACUCUGCCAAUCAGGCCUUUAUGGUAGAGUGGCCAGACAGAAGCCACUCCUCAGUAAAAGGCACAUGACAGACUCUCAGACCAUGAGAAACAACAUUCUCUGGUCUGAUGAAUCCAAGAUUCAAGCAUCACGUCUGGAGGAAACCUGGCACCAUUCCUACAGCGAAAAAUGGUAGUGGCGGCAUCUUGCUGUGGGGAUGUUUUUCAGUGGCAGAGACUGGGAGAUUGGUCAGGAUCAAGGAAAAGAUGAACGGAGUACAGAGAGAUCCUUGAUGAGAACCUGCUCCAGAGUGCUCAGGACCUCAGACUGGGGCAAAGGUUCACCUUCCAACAGGACAACAACCCCAAGUACACAGUCAAGAAAAUGCAGGCGUGGCUUCAGGACAAGUCUCUGAAUGUCCUUCAGUGGCCCAGCCAGAACCCGGACUUGAACCCGAUUGAACAUCUCUGGAUAGACCUGAAAAUAGCUAUGCAGCAACGCUCCACAUCCAAGCUGACAGUUUGAGAGGAUCUUCAGAGAAGAAUGAGAAAAACUCCCCAAAUACAGGUGUGCCAAGCUUAUAGCGUCAUACCCAAGAAGACUCUAGGCUGUAAUCGCUGCCAAAGGUUCUUCAACAAAGUACUGAGUAAAGGGUCAGAAUACUUAUGUAAAUGUGAUAUUUCAUUUCUUUUAGUAUUUUGUUGCAAUAAAAAGCAGUUUUGCUUCGUCAUUAUUGGGUAUUGUGUGUAGAUUGAUGAGGGGGGAAAACUAUUGAAUCAAUUUUAGAAUAAGGCUGUAAUGUAACAAAAUUUGGAAAAAGUCAAGGGGUCUGAAUACUUUCCAAAUGCACUGUACAUAUAGUUAGUUAUAUUUGUAUAUUACAGGGUUUUUUCCAUCUAAGAAUGUGACAAAAACCUGACUGGGGUAUCUGCUUUUUAACAAGCUAACCACAAAGCUACGCUGCGUUUGUUUUUUUUGGGGGAACUAAAAAGUGUCACUACACAGCUGUCUGUUUAAAAAAUAUACACAAAUAAAAAAGCUGAGACUGCUGGUUUGUAAAUAGUCAACACAAUAGUAUGUGGCAUGAAACCACUGCCACUUAACAAUGUUAUGUUACGUACUAUAUAGCGUAUACAUGACGGUAUAGGAUUUGUGAUUACCUUGUCUUCAUUUUUUUCAAUAACAUGUUUCUUUUUUAUUUCAAACCACACUUUUGACAGUUUGUUAAUGGUAUACGGUAUUCUGUAUGUAACGGGCAUUUAGAAAAUAUCAAUAAAGUCUUGUUUGGUGACA